CAUUGCAAGUCUGGGCGCAGCGAUAAUUGUAAACAGUCUCAGUUUAAACAAUGGCAUCAAACGCUACGUACGUGUUCAUGGACUUAGGGACAGUCAACGAUCCUAAAGACAAAAAUAUAAAAUAUAUAACGGAAUUAAGCAUGGCGGCGGUAAGGAGAGACAACCUAAUUGAAUCCGGAGAAUAUUACGAGUUUUUGGACGAAGAUGACGAAUUUAGUGGGCAGCAAAACACACCUCCUGUUCCAAGAGUCCAACUCAAACUAACGCUGUGCUUCAACCCAGGCUUAGAAGAGCUACUCAAUGGCGGUUUCUCAAUAACUGAAUUGAAGCCAGAAAAAUCUUUUGACGAAUGUUUCGAAUUAAUAGACAACUUUCUUGGCGUUUUAACGGAGCCUGUAUAUUUGGUCGCACACAAUGGGUUCAACUUUGACUUUCCGAUACUAAAGAAACAUCUGAAGGCCAAGAAAUUUUCAAAAGAUGUUUUGUGUGCGGAUACUUUUUAUGGCUUCUAUGACAUAUUAGAAAAGAAAUCUAGAGGUAUUAAUGUGGACAUAGAAAGUACCACAGUCCAACUUGCUAAUUCUAAUUUAGAUGAUUCACCAGAAGAAAGUAAAAAACGCUUGGAAGACCUACGACAGGCGAAUGCUGACAGAGUCAAGAAAAAUAACGGAUUUCCAUGGGGUAAAAAGGGAAAUAGACCUGCGAAAAGCUACAAAUUGACUGACAUAUAUGAAAGAGUGCUGAAAUGUAAGCCUGAAGACGCACACAAAGGGGACAUCGACUGUCAACUGAUGAUACGCAUUGCUGUCAAAUUGUCUAAGGAGUUUGUAAAGUGGGUAGGGAAAAAUCAUUCGUCAUUUGGGGAUCAUGUGGAACCUGUUUCGGAGGAAAAAGAAACCUUGGAAAAGGUUUAA